GAGAAGCAGCCCCGCGCCACUGCUUACUCUUCAGCGGCAUUAGCGAGCGCGAGGUUACCGAGUGGGCUCUCUCUCACACACACACACACGCGCGCGCGCGCGCGCCAGCAGACCCCCACACAGGCGAAAUAGAUGGAAUUAUGACUAUGGAAUACCGCUGGGUACUGCUGAGUGUCCUGCUGCAGUUUGUCUUCCGACCAGGCAGUACCAGUCUCACAAUUUUCCCCGACGAGCCCGAGCUCGCUGUGCCAUUGUAUGGCAAACUUUCCCUGCACUGCCAGAGCGAUGGGCCAGUGCGGUGGCAACGAGAAGAUCGUCCAGGACGGACUCUGAAAGAGGAGCGUAGGGAGGGCAACAUGUCAGUCAUCCAUGUGGCCAGAGCAAAGUUAAUCAACAUGGGCAGAUAUGUGUGCCAGGAGGAGCAUUCAGGAGAGAAGAGCUCCAUCUAUGUGUAUAUUCAAGCCUUCCUCUCAGCAGAUCCUGACAACCCCUUCAGGAAGUCCAUCAUACCAGACAUUAUGGCGGGGGCAGGUGACACCGCUUCCAUUCCAUGCCUGUCUACAGACCCCAGCAUGACUGACUUGAGAUUGGAAACUUGUGAUGGGAGCCCCCUGCCUACCGGGAUGAGGUACACUGCCAGCACCGAGACUGGCAUCACUGUGAGCGACGUCCAGCCCACUUACGAAGGAUGCUAUAUAUGCCUAGGAUCCCUAAAAGGAGAGGCAGUCAGAUCUGUGAAAUAUCAACUCAAUGUGCGAUUGGUUCCAGACGCGCCUCCACAUAUUACACUACAUGAGCCCAGCAGAGUGCUUCUGACCCAGGGCCAGAAACUCAGCCUCACCUGCUCCACCUCCAACGUCAACAGUGACAUCAAGAUCAGCUGGAUCCAGCCUACCGGAGUGGUUGCAUCCAUGCAGCAAACGUCACGUCUUCUGACAGAGCCCAUCUCACAUGAACGCACAGCCACCCUUCAAAUAGGGGCUGUGACAUUGCAUGACUCUGGAAGCUACCGCUGUGAAGCUCAGAACCUCAGGGGGAUCAGCGCCGAGACAGUCUGGGUCGAUGUCUUCAGUAAAGGAUUCAUUAACCUGACCCAUGUUGUGAAUGGGACAUGGAGGGUGCGAGAAGGAGAGAGUCUGUCACUGCGUGUGGACUUGGAGGCCUACCCCAAACCACACACCUUUUCCUGGAGCUACAACAAACAGCAUCUUACCAACACAACUGACCACGUCAUCACCACACACUCACACGCCUACAGUUAUAGCUGUGAAUUGAAGCUGGUACGUUUAAAAGUAUCAGAGAGCGGAGUCUAUACCUUUACGUCCUCAAAUGGUGAUGGAGCAGUCCAACAAAAGUUUGAAGUUCAUGUCAUAAGUAAGCCAGCAAUUGUGUCACAUGAAGGACCGGUUGAUGGACAAGUACGGUGUGUGGCCGAGGGUUAUCCCACGCCUCAGAUCACAUGGUAUUACUGUGACCAACCGUAUGCCAGAUGUUCCAAUUUGUUGAACGCCACCCAAGAGGAGGAGGACGUCGUCACAGUAACUAUGACCAACCCACCCUUUGGGAAGGGAGCAGUGGAGAGUCGGCUAAACAUCACCAAGAGCAAUUACCCCACCCUGGAGUGUGUGGCUUCAGCCGACGGCGAGAUCGUCUACACAUUGUUCUCCAUCAGUGAGCGCUCUGUUCAUCAAGAACUCUUCACUCCUUUGCUCAUUGGUUUUGUUGUGGCAGCAGCAAUCCUCUGCAUCAUCCUAUUCAUUCUCAUCUACAAGUACUUGCAGAAACCUAAGUACCAGAUUCAGUGGAAAGUCAUCGAGGGAAUCCAUGGCAACAAUUAUGUGUAUAUUGAUCCUACCCAGCUUCCAUAUGACCACCAGUGGGAGUUUCCCAGAGAUAAGCUGCGAUUCGGGAAAACUCUGGGCUCGGGAGCAUUCGGAAAGGUGGUGGAGGCGACAGCCUACGGAAUGUCCAAGGCAGACACCGUGAUGACCGUGGCUGUCAAAAUGCUGAAACCAAGUGCCCAUGCCACUGAGAAAGAGGCUCUGAUGUCAGAACUGAAGGUGCUCAGUUACCUUGGCAACCACAUAAACAUUGUCAACUUACUGGGGGCCUGCACUGUUGGAGGUCCAACUCUGGUGAUAACUGAAUACUGUUGCUUUGGUGACCUGCUGAACUUCCUGCGCAGAAAGCGCGAGUCCUUCUACUGCUCCACACUGGGAGAGGACUGCUACUAUAGAAACAUUGUGCUACAGCCAGAUGAAGGUAGAAAUGGCUAUAUGACCAUGAGACCUUCAGUUAUGGGAGUUCUGUCUACUGAGAAACAGCGUUCAACCCAUAAAGGCUCAUACAGUGACUGUGAUGUGGUCACUGAGGUCUUGCAGGAAGAUGGUUUGGCUCUGGACACUGAAGACCUCCUAAGCUUCUCCUAUCAAGUCGCCAAAGGGAUGGAUUUCCUGGCAUCCAAAAACUGUAUCCACAGAGACCUGGCAGCCAGAAAUAUUCUCCUUACCCAAGGUAGAGUGGCCAAGAUCUGCGACUUUGGACUUGCCCGUGACAUCACUACCGACUCCAACUAUGUGGUAAAGGGCAAUGCCCGUCUCCCAGUGAAGUGGAUGUCUCCCGAGAGCAUCUUUGAGUGUGUGUACACAUUCGAGAGUGACGUCUGGUCUUACGGCAUCUUAUUGUGGGAGAUUUUCUCUCUGGGGAGUAGCCCUUAUCCAGGUAUGCCUGUGGACUCCAGAUUCUACAAAAUGAUCAAGGAAGGCUACCGAAUGGAUUCGCCUGAGUUUGCCCCAAGUGAAAUGUAUGAAAUCAUGCAAUCGUGUUGGGAUGCAGAACCCUUCAAGAGGCCGUCUUUUGGCAAGAUAGUGGAGAAGAUUGAACAGCAAAUCUCGGACAGCACCAAACAUAUCUAUCUGAACUUCAGCUCAAGGUUGCCCAUAGUAACAGGGCCCCAUGAAGACCCCAGCUCUCAACACCCGCUUGUCAGCUCAGGUGGAAGUAGCCACAGUACUCCCACCCAACCUCUACUGACCAGUGACGAUGUCUACCUAGAGGGGACGGCUUCCAGGCAGCCACGUGUCUGAAGAACCCCACUGAAACCCUCUAGUGCAUGCUGAUGUGUCCAGAUCUGUGUUGGUCACCCACUGAGACUCCACAGCCUUCGGUCACACCCAGGGAGCAUGCAAGGACUCCAGUGGAAUGACUGAAACCCUGACUCAGUUAUUACGGCAGAAAGCAGUCAUAUCAUCUUCUCACUCUGUACAUAGAGCCCCCCCACCAGAAAGGGGAUGGACAGCUUAUGACCUCUUUCCCAUUCCUUUGACACAGCAGGAUCAUAGGACAUGGAGUUUUAGAGAGUUUUACAUUUUCCUGUGUUCUUUGAAAUUCUGCUAGUUCUAACACUGUGGCACCUUCACUUCUGCUCAACAGACUAAACCUGGUCCUUCAUGGUACGGUUCUUAACUUCAUAAAGGUACUGAGGAACAGAGAUUUUCGUGUGUAAUGUUUCGUGAAGUCAAAAGUAUAAGUUAUGGAUUGUAUGACUUCUUGAUUAUUAGGACUUGGUCAGAGAGGCAUAUUGAAAGAUGAUCAGUGGUUUUGAGGUAUGUACUCAACCAGCACUAUGUAUUUUCUCAGCAAGAUGUUUUCUUUUAGCUUCAAACUGGGCUUUUGCUUUACUUUUUCAAAAAGUUCAUAUAAUGGACGUGGGCAGCUUUAGCACACUGUCUUAGUAUUAGUCAGCUACAUGUAUUUGACUAUUAUCAGUACAGUUUUUAUAUUGUUCUUGGCAAACAGCAAGGUGAAGUAGAUGUUACUUUCCUCUCUUAAGCCUAUUUACAGUUAUGGUGGCUGUUAAUAAUAGCUUUACAAAGACACAAUAGCUACAUAAACCAAAUAUUAAUGGCUCAUUUCACUCACAUAAUUCCUUCAUUUAUCAAGUAGUCAUUCGUUUGUUAGCUAAUUCUUCUAUUGUUCCUGUAGUUAUAAUAUAAUGACAAUGUUUUUUCACUCUUCUUUUUCUUUUUACACUUCUCUGUUACCAUGAACUUCUGUUUCUUAAACUCAAUAUUACUUUCGUUCAACCAGUUUAAGGUGCAUCUCUGUGUGCUGAAGUGCAAGAUAUGCAAGGUCUUAUAAGGUCUUUUACCCCUUGUUUACUUUUAAGAAUUCUUUAUGUUGAGUAACAUUUCAGCUUUAAAUUCAGUAUUAUGCUUGGUUUUGUUUUAUUGAAGGAUUUUGUCAAGUAUUUUAUGAACCAAAUUCGACACAGUUUUUUGGGUCACCCAAAGACAACGUAGUAGUCGCAAACUGGAGGAGUCAUCAGACUCUAAAUUGGGUUCUAAGUAGGCUGCAAGAUCAGUUCACGUUCUACUUGAAAUAUAUCAGGUUCUCAUCCACUUACCUGUGUGUAGAGGUGGUUGAAUGGUCAAACCCUACUGUGCAUCAACAAUGAAUCUUAUACACCUUUGGAUACAUUUUAGGUAGCUCUGCAUCGACUUCAGUUGAGGAGUGAAGUAGCUUUUGUAGCAGUAGUCAUUUUGUCAACAGCAGACAGUUGAGAGAGUGAUGAAGAGCUGGAAUAAUGUUUUUGUACAUUUGUACAAUUCAGUUUUUUGCUAAAGCUUGAUGCUGUAAGGUAUUAUAUUGUAUCUUAUGCUAUGUUUGUACAUAAAGCAGUCUGUUUUUUUUGUCGUCAUGAACAAGUGUCUCAUAAAUCUUUGCUCAAGAUUGAUUAUUAAGGUCAGGACAUUAGGGUUAGGCUUAGACUUAGAGACGUUCCUGGGCGUUUUCUUCACAAAAGCAAAGUUGAACUUUUUUUCACACUUCUCAGCAAUUAAUGUUCAGACCUUUAACACUUUUAUUUUUCAUAAAACACCAACUGUUGUGCCUCACAGUUAAACCUUAGUGUAGAACUUUGCUCUUUUGCCAAUGAGAAUCGGGCUGUUGAAGAAGGAGCCAAUAGAAAGCAACUGCUGCUUUAGAAUCGGGUGCCAAUGGAGUGGGUGCUGUCCGUUGGAACAUCCAGUGAGAGACAUCUCAGCGGAUGUGCCAACGGAGGGGUAGCUGUUCUGAAGGAGAGCCAAUGAGAGGAUUUCUUGGUGAAGGUGUAGCUAAUGGGAUUCUCAUUCCUUGUUGACCUUCCUAUGGGCAAAGAGCAGAUUCACAUUAGACACUGAGGGUCAAUGGAAUCUUAAAGCAAUACACCAACAUUUUCAGUUAUCACAGACUGUAAUUUUGUUUCCCUGUACUUAGAAAAAGAACAGAAGAAUGUGUUGACUCAUGUCUAAUAGAGGUCUGCGGGCAGGUGAUAAAGCAGCAGCCUAUUAGCUUCUGUUUUAAGGCGUUUUUCUCACUACAGGGAAAUGCCUAAAUUGUUAUCAGUGGUAAGUGAGUGUAUGAGAAAGAUGCAGCAGAGGGAGAUUAGGUUGACAAGCGAUAAAGUAUUCACUUAAGAUAAUGAGCUACAGAGUGAUUCAGACUAUGUCCUGACAACCGUUACAUCAGUAGUCAGGACACCUGGUCAGUAGCCAGUUUCCCAGCUCUCUCUCUCUUUCUCUCCUUCUCUGUUCUUUGUGUCCAGCUGCUUCCUCUGGCGGAAGUGUCACCUCCAGGGCGGCUGAUCUGGGGAGUCCCAGCCUCGCUCUCUCUCCCACACUUCCCUCUCUCUCCCUCUUCCCACACUGCGACAUUGUACAGAGGGGGCAUCUGGCUUAAGCUGCUGUCUGUGCUUGUGUAUGCGCACAUGUCCUUGUGCGCGUGGUCGGUGUAGCCUAAAUGCAGGUCAUUUUUGCUGAUAAGAGCACUGAUGGUUCCUCCAAUAGAGCCGCUAUCCUUUAACGACCGCUUUGUCAAACACACUACGCCACAAACUGACCUUCAGCCACAGGUUUGUGGGUAUAACGGCACUCCCUCCACACUUUCACUUGCUCUAUGUAAAUAAAAUGUGUACAUUUUUUUUUGUUUUUUUAGGGCAACAUGGUACGUUCUGGCUUAUGCUGUAAACUGUAAGUGUGACUUUUUUUUUCAUUGUGGAAGUUUUCAUACUCUUUCAUACUCACUUUAUCCAUCGCAUAGAAGUUACUCUACCAGUUCUUUGUCCUUGUCAUGGUUCUUACUUAAGAGUUUAAUUGCCUGUAGCAAGUAUACUUCAGUACACAUCUGGUACAGCUGGCAUAUAUUUUGCAUCUAAUCACAUGUACAUCUAUGUAACUUCGACAUAUGGUCAUGAAGCUUGGUAAUGAAACCAUACUCUCAUGCAUGGAUUAUCUCAGUAGGUCUGUUUUCGGACUAAUGACAAUAGAGGUAUUUUUGCCCCUUGAAGAGAAGGUUCGUACUGUGCAUUUCAUUAUUGUGUAUUUAUUUUACAAUUUAUAUUUUACAGAAAACAUUUGAAAAGUUGUAUUGUGUAAAACCUGUCUUGUGUGUCUGUCAUGUCUUAUUACUAUACACUGUAAAUAAACAACUGAAAUAUAA